GCAUUCGGUCACCUGGCGGGCGGGAGGCCGCGCGUCGGCCCCGCUCGGGACGUUCCAAGUUGCAUCUUGGGCUGCGCCGCCGCCGCAGGGGCCUCUUCUCGGUCCCGCCGCCGUUCUCGGGCGCUCUUCUGCCUCACCGCAGCGUCGGACCCGGAAUGCAGCGGUGCAUUCUCAUUGGCUGGCUCUCCCGUGCCUCUUCGGCGCCUCGACGCGCUGAUAGGCGCAGCGUCCCGUCAGUCUGGCGCCCCGCCGUUGCCACGGUGAGGGCGCGGGCUGGGGCGGGCGGCUCGCCAUGGCCGGCGUGGAGCUGUUCUCGCAUCCCGCGCUCCUCACGCGCUACCGGGCCGGGCUCUGCUCCGCCGCGGCGCUGGCGCUGCUGCUCAUCGCGGUGCUCACGUACGUGCCGCCGCUGCUGCUGGCCUACCGGAGCCACGGUUUCUGGCUGAAGCAGAGCGCGUACCGGGAGCAGCCCACGGUGCGGUUCCGGUACGAGGUGCUCUUCGUGGCCACCCUCGGCCCGGGCCCGGGCAGCCUCUUGGCGUGGAGCACCUUCCCGGCGUUCAACAGGCUCCAGGAGGGGCGGCUGCGAGUCCCGCUCCUGUCGACUAGAGAAGAAGACAAAAAUCAAGAUGGCAAAAUGGAUCAGUUGCAUUUUAAAUUGGAACUUCCACUACAACCUACAGAGCACGUCGUUGGCGUUCAGCUGAUUCUACUCUUUUCCUACCACCUUUAUAGAAUGUCAACGUUUGUAAUGCAGAGCAUGGCUUUUCUUCAGUUUUUUUCUCCGGUGCCAGGGUCUCAGCUCUUUAUGAAUGGAGACCUGAAGUUGAACCAGAGGCAGUUACUUCACCAUUGUGGACUGGAUACCAGAUACAAUGUGUCUGUGGUCAAUGGCACAAGUCCUUUUGCGAGUGACUAUGAUCUAACAAACAUAAUUGCAGCAUAUUGGGAUAGAAAUGUGACAACAGUCUUUUCAGAUCCCAACCCUGUUUGGAUGACUGGAAGAGCAACAGAUGCACCAUUUAUCAUUAAUGCCACUAUUCGUUACCCAGUGGAAGUUAUCUUAUAUCAGCCAGGAUUUUGGGAAAUGAUGAAAUUUGCCUGGAUUCAGUAUGUCAGCAUUCUCCUUAUCUUUCUUUGGGUGUUUGGUAGGAUUAAAAUGUUUGUAUUCCAGAACCAGGUGUUGACUACAAUUCCAAUAGCGCCAGUUCUGCCAGUGUCUCCAGUACUGACCUACAAACAGCACCAGUCCUGAGGAGAUGCCUGAGAACACUAUAAAAUAAAUGCAAUUCAAAACCAGAUACCUGCUUUUAUUCUGUAAACACUUUUUACUUCAGAAGAACAGAACUUUGUAAGUAUGUUCCAUACAUGCUUCCUUUUUAAAAUACAUGUUCAUUCAUCUGUUUUUUCUGGGAACACUGAGGCUGAAAAUUUUAACGUUUUUGACAGUUUUAAAGAAGAACCUAGUUAUUUUUGUCUGCAACUGAAACACACUUCAAAAACGGUAGAAAGCAAUAAGGCUGCUUGUUGCAUUAUCUUAGUUUUGCUAAACAUUGAAGACUGGAAAUAAUAUGCUAACAGUAAUGACAUAAGCCAUUUUUACUGUAUUGUGAAUUAAUUCACCUCUGAGCUAGAGUUCUGUCAAGAGCUUUUUGUUUAUUCAUUUACGAGCAUUAUGAAAGGAAAAAGGCAAUGUGAAAAAAUGUGUGGAUAAGUUAGUGUCGGAGCCACACUUCUGUAACUGUGACUAUUCAUGCUAACUGAUUUAGUUAUUUAAUAGGAUGAUGGAUAAAUUCAAGGUUGAUGUGAGAAACCGGGUUGUGGGUGAUACUGUCCGCAAGGUUUGCGCCAUCAUUUACUACUGUAGCACGAGACCGUUAAUUGUGAGUUUGGAAUAGUAGAACAGGGAAGCCUAGUAUUUGUUUAAAGAAAACGAAAAAAAAGAACUACCAGAGAAGCUUCAGAGUUCCAAAGCAAGUGAAUAAUUACUUUUGGAAUUUAAAUUAUAAUUUAGAACAGAUAAAAAUUAAGUCAGUUAUACCCACCUGGUGAGCACUGAAAGGCUAUGUCCCUUCAUCUUGAUGGGAGGUGGUGGCAGGGAAGAUUAUGUAAUUUUAUUUUCUCUUUCUGGGUUUACUUCUUAUGCCAGAUAAGCUUAAAAGGGAAAACAAUUAAGUUUCAAUUGUUUUCAGUUUUGUAGUUGAGAUUUCAUUCUAACAAAGCGGCGUUAUGGCAGGAGGGUCUAAAACAAUUCUAGAUGCUGGAUAACAGAAUUCUGAGUGUCUUAGUUCUCUUGAGCUGUUAGGAUGUGGUGCGGCUAUGAAAUGUGAAAAAGCAACCUGUACAGCAGUACCCCAUCUUUUGUCCAUGGUCCUCUAGAAUUCAACAUCCUGGCAGUUUGGAGGUCUGCCUUUUCCUUCUUCUUUUCUCCUUCUCAAAAUGGCCAGUUUAUAUGUGCUGGAUGGACUCCAGCCUGUUCUUGAGUGAAAUACUAAUGUGGGGAGCCAUGUCUUGGUUAUUCAACACAUUUUUGUGCUUGUGAAACUUAUUUACUUACAUGUGAGUUGUAAGUUAUUGCAAGGAGCAUUUGCUGUAUACACAUACAUAUAUUUUGUUGUUGUUGUUUCAA